AUGCAAAAAAUUAAUUGCUUUAGGGGAUUUACAUUUUCUGCAAUAAAAAUCCAUUCAUAAAUUGCUAUAAUAGGUGGUGGAACUGCAGGAUUAAAUAUUGCAGCACAAUUAAUAGGUGAUGGGCAUGCUAUUCCAUAGUAAAUUAGAAUUUUUGAACCAUCUAAGAUGCAUGCUUAUUAACCAGGAUGGACUAUGGUUGGUAAUUGAAUUUUCAAAUUAAGGUGGUGGAUUAUGUAAUGUAAAAAAGACAUUGAAACCAAUGGAAUAAGUUUUACCCAAGAAUAUUUCAGUUUCUGAUAGUGCUGUGACUAAAAUAAAUCCUUAAAAAAAUGAAAUAGAAACAUAGGAUGGAGGGAUAUAUACCUAUGAUCAAUUAGUUAUUGCAACUGGAAUAUAAACUAAUUUUGAUUAAAUAAAAGGUAUAUAUAUAUAUAUUUCUAAUAAUCAAUAGGUGCUCAAAAAUAUUUAGAUGAUUUGAAUUCUCCUGUUGCUUCAAUCUAUAAUUAUAAAUAUGCUGUAAAAAUGAAUAGACUUGUAGAGGAAUUUGAAGGAGGAAAUAUCUUAUAUACUGAACCUCCUCUACCAAUUAAAUGUGCAGGUGCUCCUUAAAAAAUUAUAUAUCUCUCACAUGAUCGUUUAAAUAAAAGAGGAAUAAAAACUCAUCAUCAUUUUUAUAAGACAGCUGGAGUUAUUUUUGGUGUUCCUAAAUAUGCUGAAAUCCUAACAGAAUUAUGCAAAAAUAAAUAAAUAAAUUGCCAUUUUAAAUAGAAAUUAGUAGAAGUUUAAGAUCAUAUAGCCAUAUUUGAAAAUUAAGAUACAAAAGAACUUAAAUCUGUCACAUUUGAUUUAUUACAUUUAGUUCCACCUUAAGUAUAAAAAAUUAAUAAAUAAGUUUCCUGCUUAAUUCAUAGCAUAAAGUGGUUUAGGAGAUUCAGCUGGAUUUGCACAUGUCCAUCCAAAUACAUUAUAACAUGUAACUUAUAAAAAUAUAUGGUCACUUGGAGAUUGUUCUUCUCUUCCAACUUCUAAGACAGCUGCAGCUGUUAUGGCUUAAACGCCAGUUUUAGUCAAAAAUUUAAUAAGAACUUGGAAAUAUAAAUUAGAUCCUAUUCCAGGAUAUUUAGGUUAUUAUUGAAAUGUUAUUUUUAGGAUAUACUUCAUGUCCAAUAUUUACAAGUUAGACUAAAUUAUUACUGGCAGAGUUUAAAUAUAAUUCAGAACUUGAUGAGACUUUUCCAAUAUUUUAAUCAAAUGAAAGUCGAUUAAUGUUUCAUUUAAAAAAAGAUUUCUUUCCAAUAGCUUAUUGGUAGAUCAUGGUAAGAGGUUUGUGGGGAGGUAGAGAUGGUCUAAGAUUCUUUAAAGGAGCAUGA